GCGCCCCGCGCGCCCACCUCGCGGCCUCCCUCCAGCGCAGGCAUGGCCUCGGCUGCGGCCCCCACCGCCGUGAAGAUUGGAAUCAUUGGUGGUACAGGCCUGGAUGAUCCAGAAAUCUUAGAAGGAAGAACUGAGAAAUACGUGGAUACUCCAUUUGGCAAGCCUUCUGAUGCCUUAAUUUUGGGGAAGAUAAAGAAUGUUGAUUGCGUCCUACUUGCAAGGCAUGGUCGGCAGCACACUAUCAUGCCUUCAAGAGUCAACUAUCAGGCGAACAUCUGGGCUCUGAAGGAGGAGGGCUGUACUCAUGUCGUAGUGACCACAGCUUGCGGCUCCUUGAGGGAAGAGAUUCAGCCCGGUGAUAUCGUCGUUAUCGACCAGUUCAUCGACAGGACCGCCAUGAGGCCUCAGACCUUCUAUGAUGGGAGUCACCCCUGUGCCAGAGGAGUGUGCCAUAUCCCAAUGGCUGAGCCGUUCUGCCCCAAAACAAGAGAGGUCCUCAUAGAAACUGCUAAGAAGCUAGGACUCCGGUACCACUCAAAAGGGACAGUGCUCACAAUCGAAGGACCUCGGUUUAGUUCACGGGCAGAAAGCUUCAUGUUUCGCACCUGGGGGGCAGAUGUUAUCAACAUGACCACAGUUCCUGAGGUGGUUCUUGCUAAGGAGGCUGGACUUUGCUAUGCAAGUAUUGCCAUGGCAACAGAUUAUGAUUGCUGGAAGGAGCACGAGGAAGUGGUUUCAGUGGACCGGGUUUUAAAGACCCUGAAAGAAAAUGCCAAUAAAGCCAAAAGUUUACUCCUCAGCACCAUACCUCAGAUAGGGUCCAUGGAAUGGUCAGAAACCCUCCAUAACCUGAAGAACAUGGCCCAGUUCUCUGUUUUAUUACCGAGACAUUAAAAUAGCAUGCCUGCCCAGAAGAUGAGACGACUUUCUGAUUCUAGUCAUUUGGGGAAUUCCUGCUAAAUUUGAAAUGUGGAAAAGCUUUCAUGCCCUUGCCCCCUAAGGAAGAACAUGUGAUAAGAGCAUGCCAAUGUGAAAGAUGCCUUCUCAAAGACAUGGACUGCUUCGAAAAACAGAGGGAAAGCAAAUGACCAGUAAACAUGUGGAAAAAUUCCUACCCUUUAGAAAAAAGGCAGGAAGACACCAUUCACCCUCCCCUCAUUAAAUUCAUUGCAAUAAAGGGUGGGAGGUAACAUUCAGUUUCCUGUGUUGCCAAGGACUAUGAAGAGGAAAUGGUACUCUUAGACUGUUGGUGUCUCUGUAAAUUGGUACAGUCUUUCUGGAGAGUGGUUUGGUAAAAUGUAUCAAAUGACUUAAAAAUACACCCUUUGUGCUGGCUAUUCUACUCCUUUUAUCUUUCAAAAUAUAACUUUAAAGAAUCAGAAAUGCAUAGAGAAUUAUGCAUAAAGAAGGAUGUUUAAUAUGUGUUAAUAGCAAAUAUUCAAAACAAUCCGAAUCUCCAAAAAUUAGAGAUAAAUUACGAUUUAGCUCUAAUUAGAUUGUGAAGCAGCCAACUGAAGAUUUUGUUGUUGUUAAUCUUCACCCAAAGAUAUUUUUUUCAUUGAUUUUCUUUUUAAAGUAGAAGUGAGGGGGAGAGAGAAAAAACAUCAAUGUGAGAAAGAUACGUCAAUUGAUUGCCUCCUGUACGUACCCCGACCUGGGCCAAAAACAAACCUGCAGCCCAGGUACAUGCCCUGACCAGGAAUCGAGCCCACAACCCUUUGGUUCCCAGACCGGUGCUCUAACCAUUGAGCCACGCUGGCCAGGGCUGAAGAUCCUGUUUUAAUAUAACAUUUAAUGUCCUAAAGAAUUGGUCGCUCUGUAAUAUAAAAUGAAAAAAGGAUAUGUGAGCAUUUUACAGCACUAAUUUUGUUUUAAAAUUCUACAUAACUGUACAAAAAAGACUAGAAAGAAAUACAUCUUUUGUUACUGUA